AUGCCAAAAUUCUCAAGCAUGCCAAAUUUGGAGAGACUAAAUCUUGAAGGUUGUAUAAGUUUGCGUGAACUUCAUUUAUCUAUUGGCGAUCUCAAAAGGUUGACUUACUUGAAUUUGGGAGGAUGUGAACAGCUCCAAAGUUUCCCACCUGGCAUGAAGUUUGAAUCUCUUGAAGUUCUUUAUCUUGAUCGAUGUCAAAACUUGAAGAAAUUUCCUAAGAUCCAUGGGAAUAUGGGACAUUUGAAGGAGCUUUAUUUAAACAAGAGUGAGAUUAAAGAACUACCGAGUAGCAUUGUGUACUUAGCAUCUCUUGAAGUCCUUAAUCUCUCAAAUUGUUCAAAUUUGGAGAAAUUUCCUGAGAUCCAUGGGAAUAUGAAAUUUUUGAGGGAGCUUCAUUUAGAAGGAUGUUCAAAGUUUGAGAAAUUUUCGGAUACAUUUACAUAUAUGGAACAUUUAAGGGGGCUUCAUUUAGGUGAGAGUGGUAUUAAAGAACUCCCAAGCAGCAUUGGGUAUUUGGAAUCUCUUGAAAUUCUUGACCUCUCAUAUUGCUCAAAAUUUGAGAAAUUUCCAGAGAUUAAAGGGAAUAUGAAAUGUUUAAAGGAGCUUUAUUUAGAUAACACUGCUAUUAAGGAACUCCCAAAUAGCAUGGGGUCUUUGACAUCUCUCGAAAUUCUCUCUCUUAAAGAAUGUUUGAAGUUUGAGAAAUUUUCGGAUAUAUUUACCAAUAUGGGACUUUUAAGGGAGCUAUAUUUACGUGAGAGUGGUAUUAAGGAACUCCCAAACAGCAUUGGGUAUUUGGAAUCUCUUGAAAUUCUUAAUCUCUCAUAUUGCUCAAACUUUCAGAAAUUCCCAGAGAUCCAAGGGAAUCUGAAAUGCUUGAAGGAGCUUUGUUUAGAGAAUACUGCUAUUAAGGAACUCCCAAAUGGCAUUGGGUGCUUGCAGGCCCUUGAAAGUCUUGCUCUCAGUGGUUGCUCAAAUUUUGAGAGGUUUCCUGAGAUCCAGAUGGGGAAGCUAUGGGCUCUUUUUCUAGAUGAGACUCCUAUUAAAGAAUUACCUUGCUCUAUAGGUCAUCUCACUAGACUUAAAUGGUUAGAUUUGGAAAAUUGUAGAAACUUGAGAAGUCUUCCAAAUAGUAUAUGUGGGUUGAAAUCCCUCGAACGCCUCUCUCUCAAUGGUUGUUCAAAUCUAGAGGCUUUUUCAGAGAUCACAGAGGAUAUGGAACGAUUAGAACACCUUUUUUUACGUGAAACGGGUAUAACAGAGCUGCCAUCAUUAAUUGGACACCUGAGAGGUCUUGAAUCUUUGGAAUUAAUCAAUUGUGAGAACCUUGUGGCUCUUCCCAAUAGCAUUGGUAGUUUGACAUGUCUUACUACUCUUCGUGUUCGUAACUGUACAAAGCUCCGCAACUUGCCUGACAAUUUGAGAAGCCUGCAAUGUUGCUUACUGUGGCUAGAUCUAGGUGGUUGCAAUCUGAUGGAAGGAGAAAUCCCCAGUGAUUUGUGGUGCUUAUCCUUACUGGUAUCUUUAGAUGUAAGUGAAAACCAUAUUCGUUGCAUACCUGCUGGCAUCACUCAACUUUCUAAGCUCAAAGCCCUUUUCAUGAAUCACUGCCCGAUGCUUGAAGAAAUUGGAGAGGUUCCAUCAAGUUUAACAGUGAUGGAGGCACAUGGUUGUCCAUCCCUGGAAACUGAAACUUUCUCAAGUCUACUCUGGUCUUCUUUGCUCAAACGCUUCAAAUCACCAAUUCAGGAAGUAAUGGAAUACCAGAGUGGGUAA